GGAGGAGGAGAGGAGGGGGGGUUAGUGAAGUGAAGCAAAGCAAAGCAAAGCAAAGCUAGGAACAAGGAGAGAGUCGCGGAGGGAUUAUCAGUUAACUGUGCUUAUCUGCAUGUGAUAUGGUAGUCAACGAAAAGUGUCCGCACUGUCUUCCUGUCCUCCGCGGCUCAGCGAUGUGUCAGCUCGGCCGCUACAUGGAGGCCUGAGUCGGUUUUAAGUUUAUGUUAGCAGUCUGUGGCGUUAGCUCCUGCUGCUAGCUCUCACUCCUGCUGGUGACUUCACACAACUUGUCAACAGCCGAUCGAUCCUGGACCCGGACUGGGACUCGGGAUUGUUUUCGCCGCUUGCCCGUUUUUAGCCCGUCGGUGGUUCCCUGUGGCGUGAAAAUCUUCUGUACCAGCGGCACUAUCGGGAGAGUGGAACUAUGAUGGCAACGUGACAGGAGGGGAGCCGCUGAGUCAGCUUCAACAGGAACCAUGGAGGGGUUUCAGCAAACUGCUACAGAGCAGCACGACGGGGUGAACGGCUACUGCGAGCCCAAAUCUCCCCAGGACACCGCUGAUGUCAGGUGGACGCCACCGGAGGGAGAAUCUGGAGGUUCGGACAGCUGCGGGGGGACGAGUGUGUCGGAGCUGACGGACCUGCAGGAGCUGAAGGCCAGGGAAAGCGAGGAUGAGGAGGACAGAGAAGAGAAGGAGGUAACGCCUGUCUCCAAAGGCCUGAAAGGGGACCAGAAGAAAAGAGAGAAAGAGGGUCUGGAUCAGGAGGAGAACAAUCACAGCAAGCAGAACAGCAGUGCAGCAUCCAGCUACACAGACUUGUCCCAUACCUCGUCACCCUCGUUGUCAGAGCAGCUGCGUCUCGGCCGUGAGGACAACACGGGGGCUGGGAUCAGUGUGGAGUGUAAGGUCUGUGGGGACAAGGCCUCGGGCUUCCACUACGGCGUGCACGCCUGUGAGGGCUGCAAGGGCUUUUUCCGACGGACCGUGCGGAUGAAACUGGAAUAUGAGCGGUGCGAGCGUUCCUGCAAGAUUCAGAAGAAGAAUCGUAACAAGUGCCAAUAUUGUCGCUUCCAGAAGUGCCUGUCUUUGGGAAUGUCCCAUGAUGCGAUUCGAUACGGACGUAUGCCUGAGGCGGAGAGGAAGAAGCUGGUGGCAGGCCUGCUUGCAGAGGAGCUGAACCUUGGCAAACCGGGUGGCUCCGACCUGAAGACCUUGGCCAAACAAGUCAACACAGCCUACCUGAAGAACCUCAGUAUGACCAAGAAGAGGGCCCGCAGCAUCCUGACAGGCAAAACCAGCAGCACUUCACCGUUUGUGAUCUAUGAUGUGGACACACUCUGGAAGGCAGAAAGUGGUCUGGUGUGGAGCCAGUUAGUUCCAGGUGCGCCCCUGACCAAGGAGAUUGGGGUCCAUGUGUUCUACCGCUGCCAGUGCACUACGGUGGAGACUGUUCGAGAGCUCACCGAGUUCGCCAAGUGCAUUCCAGGGUUUGUGGACCUCUUCCUCAAUGACCAGGUGACUUUGCUGAAAUAUGGUGUGCACGAGGCCAUUUUUGCCAUGCUGCCGUCUCUUAUGAACAAAGAUGGACUGUUGGUGGCCAAUGGCAAAGGCUUUGUCACCAGGGAGUUCCUGCGCAGCUUAAGAAAGCCCUUCAAUGAGAUCAUGGAGCCCAAGUUUGAGUUUGCUGUGAAGUUUAAUGCUCUGGAGCUGGAUGACAGCGACCUGGCCUUGUUUGUUGCUGCCAUUAUUCUCUGCGGAGAUCGUCCCGGGCUAAUGAACGUGAAGCAGGUGGAGCAGAGUCAGGACAGCAUCCUCCAGGCCCUGGACCUCCACCUCCAAGCAAACCACUCUGACUCUGUCUACCUCUUCCCCAAGCUGCUGCAGAAGAUGGCCGACCUCCGUCAGCUGGUUACUGAGAACGCUCAGCUUGUCCAAAAGAUUAAAAAGACUGAGUCGGAGACCUCGCUCCACCCUCUACUACAGGAGAUCUACAAAGACAUGUAUUAGUGUUCUUCAGCACAGACUGCUUUUAGCAAUACUGUUACAGACUUAAUUUACGUUUCUAAUAAUACACUGCAUUCAGUACAAGCACUGUUCCACGUUCGGGCAUGGAUUUUAACAUGUGCAGAUGAGGCAGAGUCACGUGGUAGGGCUAACACAAUCAGCAAAGUCUUCACAAUGUCAGCAUUACCUUCAGCACAGUAAUGUGUGUAUGCAUGUGUGUGUGAGUGUGUGUGUGUGUGUGUGUGUGAGAGAUGAGCAUCUGGAAUCAUUUGCUGCAAGUCCUAGUUUCCCACAACGGUCACUUAACAGAGAGAAUGAUAUGUUUUCUCACCAAGGCUGCUCCUAUUUCAUCCUAAUAGCAAAAGCUGACCCCAGAGCAGCGUCUAGAGAGAGCCUCUCCUCACUCACCUCAGCUCUGUGUUUUGCUGUAAAGGGAAAGCAUUUCAUGUUCUUACACCAAUGGCAUAGUUGAAAACAGAAAAAAAAACUAAAAAACAAGAGCCGUCAGUUUGUACUAAACAAGAGUUUCUUAUGAUGCCAAGAGUGAUUGUUCUCAGACUUUGGGUGAUGCUGAAGAUGCACAAAUUGUUUUUUGUUUACAUCGUUAUCAUCAUCAUCAUCGUCAUCAGUGACCGCUUUCUUUGCCAUUUGGUUUAUAGAACACAAACUGGGCUGGCUCCAGCAGUGUAGAGCUCUCUCAAUGCAGCUGUCUGUGCAAUACCAUUUCCAUUUUUCAAUAAAUGUGGAGAUCCAAGUUAUUUAGGUUUUGUCUUAAAGCCAUCUACCCAAGUGGUAACCAAUGGACUAUGCUGCACAGAUUUAGUUCCUGAAGCUGACACUAUAAAAGCAUGACCCGUUAAAGUACAAGGGACAGCAUGUUUUUGUUUUUUUCUUUCUUUCUUUGGACAUGAAAAUUAUCACAAACUUGCCAUUUUAAGGUUUUUCUUAGUUUAUUCUUUGUAAUUAUGUUACUAAUUAUUUGUAAUUGUUGAUCAUACUUGUAAGGGCAAAACAUGAAUUAUUAUCUUGUUUUAUGUAUUAAGUAUGUGUUUUUUUUUCAUAUUACAUGCCUGCAUUUUUAGUUGAGGUUGUACCAAAUAUAUCAUCAAGCAUACCAACAAAUUUUUCCUUGAUGAGGAACUUGGAUUUUAACGCCUUAGCAGGAUUUACCUAAAACCAGCAUACUGUACCCCAGUAUCAUUAUUGGGAAAAUGGAUGAUUAGGAAUCAAUCAACAUCCAGCAUCUGGUAUCAUAAGUCAUUUCUGUAUUCACCCGAGAUAUAGCCACAGUCCUAGAUUUUUACCCUGGUCUGUGUACAGUCUGAUAUGUCUUGUUAGGAGAGGCUGAUGAUACUGUAGCCAGGAUUCAUAAGUUUCCAACUGUUUAUUUUCACAUUCUGUAGGACUUAUUUUUUCACUGUACUUAUUCUGAAUGGACUUCAGUAUGUCAGCAGUGGUGCACACGGAGUCCACCUUCAGAAGCCUCCUCUUGUGCUCUUAUUCUUGAUCCCUAUCUACCUCUAAUGUAUGAUCUGUGACAUAAUUUCAACUGUCUCAUCUAAUCUCUGACAUUUUUUAUAACUCUUAUUUUUGCCUUAAUUCCUGCUUUUGGUACACAUUGCAACUUUGAUUUUGAUUUUGAUUUUUGGCUGAUGUGGAUGGAUAAAACGAGAGAGUACACCAAAAAAGAGAAAAGAAAAAAAGAAGUUGAUGUAAGCUACCUCUAUGCCUGUGUGUGAAGACUUGAAAUAAUUUCGUCCUUAUAGUCACAUGUAACCUAUCUGCAGAUCUAGUUUAGUUACAUAUCACAUAUAAACUUUACUAGAAACACCGA